CAUCCACAAAUGGAAGGUCCGCUCUCAAAAUGGACCAAUAUGGUUCAUGGAUGGCAAUAUCGGUGGUUUAAAAUAGAAAAUGACACUCUUUUAUACUACACAUCACGCGAAAAAAUGCUCAAAGGGCAACAAAGAGGUCAAAUUCGUCUUACCGGUGCUGUGGUGGGUAUAGAUGGUGAGAAUAAUAGUUUAUUCACAAUCACAGUCGAAGGAAAAACGUUUCACAUGCAAGGCCGAGAUCUUCGAGAACGAAAUCAAUGGGUUCGAAUUCUUGAAAAUUCGAUUCGUGCGAGUAGUGGAUACGCAAAAAAUGUAUCCGUCGGUACUACUCCAUCUCAACAUUUUAAACAACGAACUGAAGAAGCAAAUGAAUUUUUAAAAACUCUAGUGGAAAAAGUGAAAGCACUGGAACAAUUGAAAAGUGGAGAACGAGCUGUAGAUGAAAAGAAAACAAUUGAUUCAUUGAUUGCGGCGAGCAAUAAUUUGACGAAUAAUGUGAAACAUGCUAUUAUCUAUCUUCAGAUGGCUCAAGCUCGUCUCGAUCCGAAUAUGAAGACUGAAAAGUUGAUGUUCACACAUCCGGAUUUGAAUGAAAAGCCGUCGUCACGUGAAACUCCUGGAACAGUUUCUGAUUCAACACAGACAAGCACUGACAAACCGAUUUCUGGAAUUCAACAUCUCGAUCAUUUGAAACCACAACGGGCCGAGUCGUAUGCGAGCAGUGACGAAGAAGAGUUCUACGACGCUGACGAGGAACUGAUCGACUUGGAUAAUUUUGAAAGUGAGAAGAGUGGACAAGAAUCAGGAGAUUCUAAUAGAACUAGUGACGCUGCAAUUAUGUCAUCGGAUGAAGAUGGAUACGAUUUUGGUGACUCGAAUGAAGAUUUCGAUGAGAUUUAUAACAAUGCUGAAGAGCACGACAUUGGAAAUGUUCAACAGGAUCAUGGAUCCGUUCUUAUGCAUCUUCUGAGUCAAGUGAGCGUUGGAAUGGAUUUGACGAAAGUAACUCUUCCGACAUUUAUUUUGGAACGUCGUUCACUUCUUGAAAUGUAUGCCGAUUUCUUCGCCCAUCCGGAUCUUUUCAUUGCAACCAAUGGAAAUGAUUCGGCAGAAAAGAGAAUGAUCGCAGUCGUUCGUUACUAUCUCAACUCUUUCUAUGCUGCACGAAAAAGUGGAGUUGCCAAGAAACCAUACAAUGCUAUUCUCGGAGAAACUUUCCGUUGUAGAUACAGUGUCCCCAACUCGUCAUUGAGCGGAAAAAAGACUGAAAGUGGUCCAUGGCCAGGUUCUGAUGAAAAACAAUUGACUUUCAUUGCUGAGCAGGUCAGUCAUCAUCCACCAAUUUCGGCAUUCUACGCUGAAAUGCCAUCCGAAGGGAUUUCAUUUAAUGCUCAUAUCUACACAAAAUCAUCCUUCCUUGGUCUCUCAAUUGGUGUUGCAAGCAUUGGAGAAGGUAUUCUAACACUUCAUAACUAUGGUGAUGAGCAAUACACAAUCACAUUCCCAUCUGGAUACGGACGAUCCAUUAUGAGUACUCCAUGGUUCGAAUUUGGUGGAAAAGUGAAGGUUGAAUGUGAAAAGACUGGAUAUCGUGCUGAUAUUGAGUUCCUCACCAAACCGUUCUUUGGUGGUAAACCGCAUCGAAUUCAAGGAUCAAUUUGUCGUGAUGGUGCCAAGAAACCGGUAUUGACGCUUCGUGGAGAAUGGAAUGGAACAAUGUAUGCAAAAACACAAAAUGGAGAAGAAUAUGUAUUUGUUGAUGUCAAAGCAAAACCUGAAGUUAAGAAAGAAUGUGUUCCUGUUAUGCAACAAGGGAAACGGGAGAGCAGAAGAUUGUGGAGACAUGUGACAGCAGCUUUGCUCAGAAAUCGUAUUCAAACUGCCACUACAUCGAAAAGAUUCAUCGAGCAGAGACAACGGAAAGAAGCGAAGGAACGCCUCGAAAGUGGUGAAAAGUGGACGCCGCUUCUUUUCGACACAACUGACAAGGACGGUGAAUGGAUGUAUAAGCAGAAGUUCGGUGUCAGAAAAGCAGUUUGAGUGUCCACCAUAUUUGUGCUAAAUAGAUUUGAAUUUGUGUGUAAUACGAGUAUAAUUGCCUAAAUUAGUUCAGUUUUGAACUCCAUCUUGUGUGGUUUUUCCUGCAUCCAGCUCCACUCUCAGUUUCUCUGUGCUCAUUUCCCCAAUCAUUUUUUCUUGCUCCACCCGCCCCUUCAACUUCUCCCAAUUUUUCUUGUGCUAUUGAAAUGUGUGUACUUAUUCUCAUAAAUUGAGCAGCAAGAAGUGAGCAUGAGCUUUGAUAUUCUAACUCGGUGAUCAGAUGUAAAACGAUUAUGGAUUUAUUUAUAGAUAAAAUUUUGCAAACG